AUGUCUGCCAACGACCUCCGGGGGGUGGGUGAUGAGCGCUCAUGCGUCCUUGGUUCCUCCAUCAUCUGCGUCGAUGUGUUAGUGCGGGUGCUUUCCCGUCGCAAGAGCUUCCAGAUAGCCAACAGUAGUAACUUCCUGUCGGCAUCAUUAUGUCUCAGUGCUGGAGUUAUGCUCUUUACCUCCCUUUAUAGCAUGCUGCCCACCUCAAAGCAAUACCUCACCCGCGCCGGCUUCUCCCCCGCUAUAGCUGCAUAUAUUUUGAUCGGCCUGUUCAUAACUGGAGUUGCAGGCAUCCAAAUAAUAUCUGCAUUUGCACACCGAUUUAUUCCAUCUCAUGUCGUCGACUGUGCCCAUACCCAUGAGGAGUCGGAACCUGAUCCCGAGCACGGCGAGCAGCCCGCACAUGAGGACCAUGUCCACAGCCAUACAGACGGACAUGAUGAACGAACACCGCUGUUGCAGCCUAAUAAGCCAUCUUCAUUCAAAUCAACGCCAGCGGUGGUACAACGGAGCCAACAUACUGAGCCGGCACCCAGACAUCGUGAGACCAUGCGGGCAAUGCUAGCGCGUCACAUUACUUCGCUCAUGGGUGGCGUAAAAUCUAACUGCGAUAAAGAUGGGCCUUGUUUUGGGAUUUCUCAAACCUGCGGCCAAGAAUGCAUCAAAGUGCUUCCGCCAUCCAACAGCAAUGAAACCGUGCGAUCGGACCCGCUGCAUCGUGGAAGCAUAUCCGUGCCGCUGGAACCGGAAAUUCAGCGCGCAGAAACUGACCUUAGUGAUGAACAUACACCUAUUGCACAGGAAGGGGGAUAUUUUGACAACAUCUCCGCACACCACCAUAUGCACCCAUGUGCUUCUUCGUCCGCUUCAUCUCAGAUCAUAAAACCACUUUCAAGUGAUUCAUCCCAUUCACACUCGGAGCAUCAUCCGCAUUCGGAGCAUCAUGGUCAUCUCGAGGAAAUUGAUUCUGAGCGUCCCAAAUCUGCCGGUGGCAACCCCCACCACCAUCACGUCCCUAAAAAUGCAUUCCUCUCCAUUGGACUCCAGACCUCACUCGCCAUUGCUUUACAUAAGCUUCCCGAGGGGUUCAUUACUUACGCCACCAACCAUGCCAGUCCAACCCUCGGUAUGACAGUAUUCCUAGCUCUAUUUAUCCACAACAUUGUGGAAGGCUUCGCUAUGGCACUUCCGCUCUACCUAGCCCUUGGUUCCCGCUGGAAGGCAAUGUUCUGGUCCAGUCUUCUAGGAGGUAUUAGUCAACCAGCCGGUGCUGGCAUAGCUGCACUUUGGAUUUGGAGCACCGGGCAACACGGUAGCGACGAUGCCACAGGCCCCUCGUGGGGUAUCUAUGGAGGUAUGUUCGCCGCCACCGCCGGAGUCAUGACUUCAGUUGCAUUGCAACUUUUCAGCGAGGGACUUGCUCUCACCCAUCACCGCGGAAUGGGAAUUGGGUUCGCUGUUGCAGGUAUGGGUUUGAUGGGCCUCAGUUUUGCAUUGACUGCUUGA